GAAUAUCUUUACAAGUGUCUGUUCAAUAUCGUCAUUUUGAGUCCUAGCUGUGGCGCUGUCGAGCUCACGUCACGACCUGGCGUCACACACCGCAUAGACCGCUUCUGGCGCUGCCCAGAGCUCUGUACUAGCGAAGAGUUGAUUGAUACACUGCGGGCAGCUGGGGACCCCCCGCAACUGCAUUGCCGCGAAGGCAUAGCGCCCUGGGGCGAAGCGGCGCUAUUAUGGAGGGCCCAAGUUGUAGCGGCGACUAUGUGGACUGGUCUUUCCUGCCGCCACCGGCCAUCCAGGUAAUUGGCACGCAGCUACCGUCUUCCUCAAUCCUGCGCGCACGCUUGAUAAACAAGCACUGGGCGAAUUGCCUUGCGGGAGUGGUCGACACGCUCUACGUCGUGCCUGAAUCCUUCCAAUCGGAUGCGGAGACGUCUGGGCUCAUCAAGGCCUUUCCAAAGGCCACUACCGUGAACCUAGACCUUCAGGACACGUUCAUGGCAGUGCCAAAGGAUGUGAAGGUCAGCCUGGAGCGCUACGCAGCGCAACGGGCUGGCUUGCCUUACGAGGAGCCGGAGCCUGAAGCGUCGACCUUGGCUGCAGCAGCAACGGAGGCUGUGGCUGGUGCAGUUGGGGGCGCUGCCGCUCCCGCCGCUGGGGCGGGUGCCGCCCCGGGUGCACCGGCCGCCGUUGUGGCACCUGCCGCCGGAUAUGCGGCCGCGGCACCUCCGCCUGCUGCGGCCGCGGCGGCGGCUGCGCUUGCCGCCCAGCAACUGCAGCAGGCGCAGGCGGCAGCAGCUGCUGCAGGAAACCCGGUGGGACAGCAGCAACCGCAGCAGCAGAACCCCAUCGCAGCACUGGCGGCCGCUUUCGCCGCCGGCCUGCUCAACGGCAACCCCAACGUGGCCAUGGCGGCGGCCGCCAACGUCGCGGGCCUGCUGGGCGCACCGGGCCAGCCCGCCGCGGCGCUGGUUCCACCGGCGCCCACGUUCCCGCACUCGGCGAUCACCUCCGACCCGGUGCGCGGCAUCGUGCCGGACAGCACCACGCACCUGCGCGUGCGCCUGCCCGACAGCAUCGACCUGGCCUCGCACCACUCGGACAUGACCACUUCCUGGGACUACGUGUCCAGCCUGCUGUCGCGCGUGGGCACCAAGCUGUCGGGGCUGUCGCUCUCCACCGCGCCCGGCGGCGCGCACAUCUCCAUGCUGCAGCCGCUGACGCAGCUGACCUCGCUCACCAUGGACGAGGCCUCGCACUCCACCUGGUCGGCGGAGCACCUGCCCAUCGUGGGCUCGCUCACGCGGCUGCGCAACCUGGCCAUCAAGAUCCCGCCCUACCGCAGCCAGCGGCCCGAGCCCGCGCCCGGCUCGCCCGCGGUGCAGCAGCCCGGCGCGCUGGCGUCUUGGACCGCGCUGCAGCAGCUGACCAAGCUGCACGUGUCCGCGCUGCGCUACUCGUUCCACUCGUCGCUGGUGGCGGUGCUGCCGCAUCUGACCAAGCUGGAGUACCUGGCGCUGCGCGCGCCGCAGACGCGUCUGCCGUGGCCGGGCACGGACAAGCCGCUGUUCGCGCACAUUGGGCUGCUGACGGGGCUGACGCAGCUCAGCCUGGCGCUUGGCGACCACAACAUGCAGCCGCAGGACUGGCAGUCGCUCACCACGCUGGGCAGGCUGUCGGCCAUUGAGCUGAGCGUGAGCGAGGGCAGCGACGGCCUCAACGUCCCGGUGGGGCUGGACUUCCCUGCGCUGCGCUCGCUCAAGCUGCGGUACCCCAACAGCCAAGACCUGGUGCGCAUUGCCAUGUGGAGCGGCGUGCAGAAACUGGACAUCAAGUUUCCUGAGCACGAGCGGGAGUGGCAUCAGGAGGACGCCGUGGUGGAGCUGAUGGAGCUACGCGCAAAGCUGGCGCCGUCCGCCGGCAUCUCCAUCAUCGCCGCCGUGCUGGACAACGCGCCAGCUGCCCAGCUGGCGGCAGUGGCCGCCGCCGGCGCCAUGCCCGGCGACGCAUCCGCUGCCCGGCCAGGCGGGAUGGCGCCGGGCAGCAGCUCUGCCACCAUGCAGGCGGGUGCUGCCGCGGCUGCUGUGGCGGUGAUGGCCGCCACGGCUACGGCCGCAGCUGCAGCCAACCCGGGGCUGCCGCAGCCGCCCACGGGCGCGGGCAACAUGAACGGCCUGACAGCCUGGUGGUCGCCGCUGCUGCCCCUGCUGGCGCUGCCGGGUAUGACCGACUUUCGGUGCUCGGCCAAGGAGGGACUCGCCAGCCGCAACCCCAUCCUGUUCGACGACAUCGUGGCGGGCCUGUGCGCUGCCUGGCCGGGCGUUACGCGGCUGUGCUUCAAGGGCUGCAUCAACGUGGCUAGCCAAACCACCGGCUGGGAUGCUCUGCGAGCGCUGACCAAGCUGCAGCAGCUGGAGCUCAGGCAUCACCCUCCCAACAACGACGAGCAGGGCGCAGACCACGCCGCGAACCGCGCGGCGCGUGCCCGCUACGUGCGCGUGGAGCCCAUCAAGCUGCCCGCCACCAGCCUGCCCGACUCGCUGCAGACGCUGCUGCUGGAGAACGUCGAGCUCCGGCGCAAGGAGACGGACUGCUUAAGCCACCUGACGUCGCUGGAGCGGCGCACCACGUGCCGCCAUUUCCCCGAGUUCGAGGGCAUGCCGCUGCAGCGGCUGGUGGUGUCCAACUGCUGCGUCAAGGCCAAGGGCAUCACGUCCAUCGCCACCGAGUGCGCCGGCCUGACGCACCUGGUGUUCGCGGUGUACAAGGUCACCGAGCUGGCCGACCUGCGGGAGCUGCAGGCGGCGCUGCGGCAGAUGGUCCGCAGCUUGUCGCAGCUGCAGGUGCUGAAGGUCCGCGUGCUCGCAGGCUGCAUCACGCAGGACCUGGUGGAGGACAUGGUGACCUACCUGCAGUGCCUGCAACGCCUGAAGCUGACCUCCAGCGACGGGUGGCAAGACACGGCGCUGUUCCUGCCGCUGACCAAGAUGACGGGCCUGCGCAAGUGCUCGCUGGCCUACUUCAAGAGCCCGGAGGCGGCGCGGCUGCUGCGGGCCGAGUUCCGCGCGGUGCUGCCCUACUGCAAGAUCAAGGCCAAACCGGAGCCUCGCGCUGGCUAAGCGAUCAGGACAUCCAACACUUGGCGCUUCACUCAGCUGGACUUCCCGCACCAACAGCAACACACAGCGCCUGCGCCAAGUAGGCAUGCUGCUUGGCCGGGCGCGUCAGAGUAGAGUGCGAUGUGUACACCUCAUUAGCAUGGCAUGCGCCUCGGAUACCUUGAUAUUCUCGCAUCUGCGCGUGGCAGAACAUUCUGCGUCAAGACAAUUAUUUGAGUGGCAGUGAGAUGCACGGCGUGGACUCUCGAGUCGUCAUUCAGGCCGGCGCGCACCAAGGCCGUGCUAGCUGGCACGUGUGCGGCAAGUGCACGCAGUCAAUGCCUAUGCAGGCUCAGUGCAGUUCAUAUGCAAUUCAGCUGUAGGGUGGAUGCUUAGCAGACUAAAUAUGUGAAAUCCGUAGGGGUACUUACUAUUGCUGCUGCUUUGUUUUGACACGAUGUGCGUGGCCGCUGGAACGAGCGGUCUCUUUGCGGGCGGUGCCAGUAGAAACUGACUUGGGAGAUGUCAUUACGACGUGGCUUGUUCAACAUACCUUCGACCUCAGACGGUGGACGCGGUGUGGUCCAGCACUCCAGCCCACCUGUUUCGUGCUUACUGGAACAAUUACCUCCCGUGCUGCUCUGUUUGCACCGGCUUAUGAAUGCAUUAAGGGACUUUGGCAGGGGCGGAUGAGGGGUCAGGCGUAACCCAAUAGUGCUGCUUCAGUAAGCAGGCAGGCCGUUCGGUUAGUUUGGGGUAGGAGUGGUGCAUCAAGGCCUGUUGUUGGUGAUGGCAGGGGUCUUGGGGAAGUAACAUGUACGUUUGAACCGGUAGAUGUGGCAGACCAAUGACCCGGUUUUACAAGUUGACAGGAAGGGGAGGAUUGUCGAACACUAGACACAAGACACAAUUCGUGAUUGGGCGCGCCCAGGCUGUGGGCUGGCGCAGUAGGACACAGGUAAGCCGACUACUUUGUCCGCCUCGUGCCCCCAACUCAGGCCAACCCGGGCACGAAAGCCUGGUGAGUGGUGAACAUGAAUGAGCUUAUGUAACAAUAAAACAUC